CUCCAAUCCAUUCGCAUAAAGUGACAUAUACGUUUCUUUGUAAAAACAAAGAAAUAUCAAUCCUUUUAUAAAUAUAUUUCCAUCUACUUUAGCAAGUAAAAAUUCUACCAAGUACAAACAACAUUCCAAGUUGUUUCGACUUACUUGCUGUUAGAGCUUCUGGAUUACUAACCUCACUCGUUGGUCAACCACAACAAUAUCCAAAACAAAAGUGAAAACUUAACAGUUGCUCAUUAGGGAAUAAUUUUUGAAUUCUUUUAAAAUUAUUUGGAAUUGUCUUAACAUUUGAAAUUUUAAAAAGAAAAAAGCGAGUUGUUUAAGGCAGAGUUGAUAAUUUGGAAGUUGUUGACCGUUCUUUUACCAGAACACUUAAAGAGGACAGGAAAGUUCUAAUUUAAUUUAUUAAUCUGAAAUUUUAAUCAUAUUAAAAGUUAAACCUUUGUGUCUCAUCGGAUUUUAAACACGGAGCUAAUAGGUGACAUUCAUAAACGAAACUGAACAUUAGACUUGGAAUUUGUUUUCACACCUAGAAGACAACUCAAAUUUGAUAUUAGGAGAACUGUUUCUGCUUGUCUUCAUUAAUUGAUCUCUACUAAACUUAUACAUAAAAUAAAACUUCAAAGGGUUCUAGCAAAAAUCAAUUAACUGGCGGGUUUACCUACUUUCAUUUAUUUGCUAUGUCUGUACGCUAUGGAAUUGAAAACUUGGAUCGCAUGAAGCGUUUAAGUCAUGGAUCGAGAGAUGAUGAGCUGCGUCGCAAAGAGAAUUUCGGGAAGAAUAAGAUUUUAGGUGAUCGUUCAAGUUCAUUUAAACAUGCUGGAGAAGUAAGUCUAGAUGCACCUUCUUCCAUGAACAGAAAAGUAUUUUCUACUUCUGCGAAAGUACUAAAUAAGAUUGCCAAGAGUCCCUUUCGAUCCGAUACUCUGAGAGAAGAGCCUCGGUCGGUGGAUCCCCACGUUCUCGUUCGGGCACCAUACCGCUCUAAAGCAGCUCGCUCUUGGCGUUCUAAAAGUUCUCAAAAUAAUCCGUCAUGUCCUACGAAAUCAUUUUCCAAAAGGAACAGCUUUGAGGCUAUAGAUAUGAAAAGAACAAACUCACUUCCUAGUAUACCUCGACCGUCUUAUUUACCUCCUCCAAAAUCGUCGGUUGUAUGCGUUUCGCUUGUUGUACAACCAAAUGGUGCUGCAUCUUUGGUUUCAGAAGAUAUGAAUGAGAUGUCAAAAAAACAGUCAGACAAAACCAAUCUCAAUUCAAUGAAUUCAAUUGAAAGUGAUUUUUUAUCUACAAAUCUUACUAGUAGUUCAAAUCUUUUUUCGAGAGAUCUUGCGGAACCUUACAGUUUCAUAGACGAUUUGGGAAUUGGUAUGCAGCGUUCCGCAACAUGGACUCCUGGUUUCAAGUCUUUUCAGAAUGAAACACCCUCAAAAUUUUUGAAUUGUCGCUCAGAAUUUCCUUUGGAAUGUGGAGUACAUGAUGCGUUUUAUUCUAGAAAUCCUAUUCAGAUAGAUUCCAUUUCCCCGGGAAAGCAACUUUUUGGAAAUUUUCCAUACUCGGAUGCGCUUGAGGAUCCUUUUAGUUCUGAAAUGUGUGAAUCUGGAUCAUCAUUGAUGGGUUCCAACUCAGAGCCUGUAUCAGAAUCUGCAAUGAUGGGUGGAGAACCCAUGAGGGUUUGCUUUAGCGAUAGCACGCUUUGCGAUGCCCGUGUUGCAGCUAAACAGGCACUAAUAUCUCGCAAGCGGAGCGAAAAGAGGGAAGCAGGGAGAGAUCCACCCGCGACACCUCCUUCCAAGAAUCUUCACAAAAACGAUAAUGUCCUUCUUUUUCACAGUAGUCCUUUAUUUGAUCGUUUAGGAAAUUCUUUAUAUCAUAAUACGAAGCCCCCUAAAACCGAAGAACCCUGGUUUCCAAGUUUCGAAAUUUGUUCUGAACCAACGCAGCCAUCAUUAUAUUCCAGUGGCUUUGGGGCAGAGGGAACCGAUGAAUUACUAGACUCGAGUUUCUGUAAUGACUGGUAAAAAAAAUUCGUUACGCAAAGUAUAAUGUAAUUAUGAUUCAGGGAACGUUCUGGGUGAAUUGCUAAUACGCAAUCCAUAUGUUUAUUAUUUUAAUGUACACAUUUGUUUUAUUUAUUAUUUUAGUUUAUGAUUAGCAAUGAUAUUAAUGUCUGUAUAUCC